GUUCCGUCCCAAGUUAAACACAGAUUGUUUACAUAUUUGUUGGAUUACAUAUAAAACAAAUACUUAUUAAUUCUAUUCGCACAUAUGUUUGUCAUUAUAUUUAUGUUAUUUCCGAGAAAAUUAAUUUAGUCCCGUGGUUUCUGUCGGAACUCUUAAUUCAGGCUAGUGUAUGGUAGGAAUGAUUUGUGAGUUACUCAGGAACUUCAAUUGAAUGCAAAAGAUAAAUCCAGGGAAUUAUUGAUAGAGAGAGAUAUUCUGUCUUAUUUUCCUGCUUCAUUGGUUUAACUUUUUUGCCUUUAUUCACGGCGUUUGUUCAAGCAAACAAAAGCCACAAUGCUGAUUAAAGUUAAGACCCUGACUGGUAAAGAAAUAGAAAUCGACAUCGAGCCCACAGACAAGGUGGAGAGAAUAAAAGAAAGAGUGGAGGAAAAAGAGGGAAUUCCACCCCAGCAACAGCGACUCAUCUACAGUGGAAAACAGAUGAACGAUGAGAAAACAGCAGCAGACUAUAAAAUCCAGGGAGGCUCUGUAUUGCAUCUGGUCCUUGCGCUAAGAGGAGGGCGAGUGCAUCAACACCCCAACAACCUCCUGCAGGCCUUAUAAACACCAGACCUGCCCUCAGCAGCAAAGGUGACCUGGCAGCCUCAACACACAUGCCACUCUUCCCUAAACAAUCAUCUGACCCAAACUCCACAGUGGCGACUCUGCUGGCUAUUGUGUAACAAAGUGUCUAUGUCCUGUAGCAAACUACAGCUUCUUCCUGUCCUCAUCACUCUUCCCCUAAUUUAUCCUUCUUAGAGAACUGUCACGCUUGGUUGAAGUUUACGAUGAGUGAUGCUGAAGUUAUUGUUAAAGUGAAACUGAUGCAAUAGGAUUAUUAGUCAAUAAAACACAGUAUUGACAUUUUUCUCCC